AUGAACAUAGUAGUGCUUUCCGGAGGAACCGCGGCGAAUUCUAUAUUGCCAGCACUGGAUUCACUAUCCAAGGAUCUAUCUUUUAUUCUCCCAAUUUCGGAUAAUGGUGGCUCCACAAGCGAGAUUUUGAGAGUCGUUGGAGGCCCAGCAAUUGGCGACAUCAGAUCAAGGAUCGUGAGUAUGAUUAAAGAUCCUUUGCUAGCAGAACUUUUCGGAUACAGACUUUCAGAUGACGUCCUUACGGCUAAGCAGGAAUGGAAUUCAAUCGUAGAUGGCACGCAUGAUGUUUGGAAGGAUAUCCCCAGUCAGGUCAAGGAGAUAUGCCGUUCCUUUAUGGUACAUAUACAGGCAGAACUUUUAAAGAAACAUAAAAACUCUGCUCCCUUUCAGUUCGAGAAAGCUAGUGUGGGUAACUUGUUUCUCACCGGCAUUCGUUUGUUUCUUGGGUCGCUCGACGCUUCUAUCGAACUCAUGCUACGCCUUUGCCGAUGCGAAGAGCGCAUAAGCGUUAUUCCUUGCAUAAACACUAAUCAUACUCAUCACAUAUCUGCAUUGCUCGCGAAUGGAGAAGUCAUAACAGGCCAGUCACAAAUUUCUCAUCCCUCGAAGCAGAUGGUCUCGAACUCCAGGUUGCGCUCAGCCGUCCUCGAACAAAACAACAGCAGUUCCUCUUUGGUAGGGCCUGACACUUUAGUACAUCUGAAUGAAGAUGACGUAGAUGAAGAGGAUGAUGAAGAAUAUGCAUACCCCGGCUAUAUUCAUCCCCAGCUCAAACUCUCACAGUUGCAUUUCGAUAAACUAGAUAUAAAUGAGGAUCACCUCCUGCCAGCACCCAUCAAGCGCAUUUUUUACAUAAACCCGUAUGGAGAAGAGGUUUUACCUCAGGGAAAUAGCAGGGCUAUCUCUAAACUCAAACAAUGUGAUCUUGUUCUCUAUUCAAUUGGUUCUUUGAUGACAAGCCUGCUUCCCAUCACAAUACUAGGAAAUAUUGCAGAAUCAAUCGUUGAUAAUUCGAAAGCCAGAAAAGUCCUCCUGAUCAAUAACAAAUACGAUAGAGAAACAUUUGGCUUGGAUGGUUUCCAUUUUGUGCAAAUGAUCAUUGAAUCGAUGGAUAGAGCUGUUCAUUCAAAUAUUCGCAAAAGGCGCACAAGUCGCGUCUCUCGCCAUGAAGAACCUAUACCAUGGCAAAAGUUCAUCACUGAUGUGGUAUACUUGGAAAAGGGCGAAAUUUUGGUCGAUACAUUAGCAUUGAAUUCCAACGGAAUACGCACACAUGCAAUAGGCUCGGAUACAUUUGACAACGAAGUGUUGUUACAAACACUGCAAUCCUUACAGAAUUAA